UAACAUACUUUUAUAUACUGUUGCAGAAGAGAACAAUGCAUUGACUUGUACGCCACCCCCAAAUUUUAUGGUGCGAGCGAAUAUCAGAUGACCAGUUCGCUAUUACACUGGGAAUAUUCACUGAGGAAUGGGUCACUUGACUGGCAGCAGUUCGAGCAGGACAAGAACGCGGGGAUCGAGGCGCUCCAGAAGAAGCUCAACGAUACUAGGGUAGAGCUCGACACCGUACAGGAGCAAUUGGGAGCCACCAAAGCUAAGCUCAGAGACUACAAGCACGACCCAUCAGACAGCCAGAAUGCAGCGGCAACGCAUGAUUCUGCGCAGCAGCCCGCCCAUCCCGCACCCUGCUUGAGGUCUAGAGACGAUCUAUGCGGAGACGAAAAUUUCAUGCGCGACCUUACGACUGGCACUUUCACCAACAAAAUCAAUGGCUAUAUUUUUGCCCACGGACACACCACAUGUCCAGGUUUCAACUGGACCAAUGAGAACACAUCUCCAGCUGAGUCCUUCCCCGCUUCAAACGGCAAGGGAGCAUAG